AUGAAACGAGCAACAUCAAAAACUCUUUCUUUUGUUUCUCUCAAAAAGCUGGCAUCAUCCAAUUCGAUUUCCUCGCUGCAACCGAAAAGCGUAUUACACGUUCCUUGCUAUUGUAAUAACAACAAUUACAGCAACACCAGAAAUUUCUCCACCAGCAUUGUUUCAUCUUUCCACUCCGAUCAUGGUCAUCAAGUACAUCCAGCAGCCACAUCAGCAACAACGAACACCAAACAGCCUGCUUCAAAUCCACUCCCAGGCAUCAAACAUAUUAUUGUGGUGAGCAGUGGAAAAGGAGGUGUUGGUAAAAGCACAGUCGCCACCAAUUUGGCACUUGCUUUGUCCUCCUUCUGCCAAAAAUCGGUAGGCUUACUGGAUGCAGAUAUCUAUGGCCCAAGCAUUCACCGAAUGAUGAAUGUGAGUGGAAAGCCAAACAUGGAUGAAGACACAAGAAAAAUCAUUCCUAAAUCGAAUUAUGGAGUGCGAGUGAUGAGUAUGGGAUUUUUAAUUCAAGAAGAUGCACCAACUAUUUGGAGAGGACCUAUGGUGAUGGGUGCUGUAGAUCAAUUAUUGACUCAAGUGGAAUGGGGUGAAUUGGAUAUUUUGGUUAUUGAUUUACCUCCUGGAACAGGAGAUGCACAACUUUCUAUUUGCCAAAGAGUUCAACUUUCUGGUGCUGUUAUUGUGAGCACACCACAAGACAUUGCUUUAAUUGAUGUUAGACGAGGCGUCAAUAUGUUCAGAAAAUUGUCUGUACCAAUUCUCGGGGUUGUUGAAAAUAUGAGCUAUUUCAAGUGCUCAAAUUGUGGUCAUGAAGAACACAUUUUCGGUCAUAAUGGAGCUCGGAGAACUGCACAGGAAAUGGGACUGGAAUUCAUUGGCGAAAUUCCUUUACAUACUCAAAUUUGUGAAACCAGUGAUGCUGGAAGGCCGGUUGUGAUUUCAGAUCCACAAAGUGAACGAGCAGCUGCCUUUGUGAAAAUAGCAAGACGUGUCGUGGAUCGAUUGGAAGGAAAUGAAUCUGGUUCAAUUCCGAAAAUUACGAUUGAAGAAGAUUAA